AUCUUUACUCCUCAUUUUCUCUCUGUCUCAGUAACCAAAUUCAAAAUUUUUAAAAAACCCUAAUUUCUUUUCUUCAGAUCUACAAUACCCACCAACCCUAAUUUCAAAAAUGCGUGAGAUUCUUCACAUUCAAGGCGGCCAAUGCGGGAACCAAAUUGGAGCCAAGUUUUGGGAAGUGGUGUGUGCAGAGCAUGGGAUAGAUUCAACAGGGCGGUACGAUGGGGACACGGAUCUUCAGCUUGAGAGAAUUAAUGUUUAUUACAAUGAGGCGAGCUGCGGUCGGUUUGUUCCGCGUGCGGUUCUCAUGGAUUUGGAACCGGGGACUAUGGACAGUGUUAGAUCUGGACCGUAUGGGCAGAUAUUUAGACCGGAUAACUUUGUGUUUGGGCAGUCUGGCGCUGGUAAUAACUGGGCUAAGGGUCAUUAUACUGAAGGUGCUGAGCUUAUUGAUUCUGUUCUUGAUGUUGUCCGAAAAGAGGCUGAGAAUUGUGACUGCUUGCAAGGAUUUCAGGUUUGCCAUUCUCUUGGAGGUGGAACCGGGUCUGGAAUGGGAACACUAUUGAUCUCAAAGAUCAGAGAAGAAUACCCAGAUAGAAUGAUGUUGACUUUCUCAGUCUUCCCUUCUCCUAAGGUGUCUGAUACAGUUGUGGAGCCUUAUAAUGCAACUUUGUCUGUUCAUCAGCUUGUCGAAAAUGCAGAUGAGUGUAUGGUUCUUGAUAAUGAGGCAUUGUAUGACAUUUGCUUCCGUACCCUUAAGCUCACCACUCCCAGCUUUGGUGAUUUGAACCACUUGAUAUCUGCAACUAUGUCUGGAGUUACAUGCUGUUUGAGAUUCCCUGGUCAGUUGAAUUCCGAUCUUCGAAAGCUGGCAGUGAAUCUCAUUCCGUUCCCUCGUCUUCACUUCUUCAUGGUGGGAUUCGCCCCUCUUACCUCCCGCGGCUCGCAGCAGUAUCGCGCAUUAAGCGUACCUGAACUAACUCAACAAAUGUGGGACUCGAAAAACAUGAUGUGCGCAGCUGAUCCACGCCACGGACGUUAUCUAACAGCGUCAGCCAUGUUCCGAGGAAAAAUGAGCACGAAAGAGGUUGACGAGCAGAUGAUGAAUGUGCAAAACAAGAACUCGUCUUACUUCGUGGAGUGGAUACCAAACAAUGUGAAGUCUACUGUUUGUGAUAUUCCACCAACCGGUCUUAAAAUGGCGUCGACUUUCAUUGGUAAUUCGACUUCAAUUCAGGAGAUGUUUAGGCGUGUGAGUGAGCAGUUUACUGCUAUGUUUAGGAGGAAGGCUUUCUUGCAUUGGUAUACAGGAGAAGGUAUGGAUGAGAUGGAGUUUACCGAGGCGGAGAGUAAUAUGAACGAUUUGGUUUCGGAGUAUCAGCAGUACCAAGAUGCAACUGCUGAUGAAGAUGGGUAUGAAGAUGAAGAGGGAGAGUAUCAGCAAGAGGAAGGAGAUUAUUAGUAGAAUUUUCUUCCUCAUCUUGUCAACUCAACUUCCAGUUGGUUGAUUCUGUUUUAUUAAGCUUUUUCUAGGCUUUCUAUGAAUGAUGCAGGGAAGAAAUUAUAAGAACAUGUUAUUAAGUAAUGUAAUUUUCUUAUUUCAGUAGUGAAAUCCUGUUCCUUUUUUAGCCUGCA